AUGUUCAAGCAUCUAUAUGUGUCAUCUUAUGCCCUUGAUGAUAAGAAGGCACGCUACAAAUAUGCUUCCUGCGAGGUCAAAGCCUUCCGACAUCAGGUCAAACUUGGCCUUUUGACUAUCGAAGAAAUGGAAGAGAAAAGAAAAGUUGUCUUUAGUCUCUAUGCUGAUGGUAUGAAUGACAUCGAGGAUUGGACCGAUUACCGUCAAAAGAUCCUGCGGGUUACCUCGCUGUCAGUGAAUGCGGUCUGA